AUGCGUUUCACUCCAUUCGUUUUCGCCGGUCUCUGCGCCGCUCGAGCAAUCGUUCCCCGUGCCGCCGAGUCUCAGAGCAAACAGGUGCAAGCGGCCUCGACUCCUACUCCCGCACACUCGGUCACCUCGGUCGGACAGCCAGCUCCAUCUCAGACCGCCGUACUCGUCAAGGGUGGCCCUGUUAUUGGCAACGGCACCGUUCCAGGAGGCGGCGUCCACCCUGUUGCCGUCAACACCACCAGUACAUCUCAGCCUCAGGGAGCACCAGUCGGUGCACAGAACAUCACGGCUCCUGCUCACGGCAACUGGACACAACCACACGGCAGUCCUGUGCCACCCCAAAACCAGCCCGGCCAGUCACCUACGCAACCUCAAGGCCAGCCCGCUCAGCCACAUGGCAGCCCUUCGCGGCCUCAGAGCGGUCCUUCGCAGUCUGCAAACACUCCCGCUGUCCCAGCCGGCAUUCCAACAUCGCCAAACGGAGCCGUACCUCAGCCUAAAGGCAGCCCUUCCCAAUCUCCAAACGGUCCUGCUCCACCCUCCAACAUCCCGACUUCGCCUAAUGGUGCCGUACCACAGCAUCCGUCUUCUCAAGGCUCCCCAACUCCCGCAAAUGGUGGCUGCCCGGCACCAGGUUCUCCACAGCCUUCAGGCAGCGCCGGUGCCCCAAAGGCUGGACAGUCCUGCCCAGUCGAUGGCGCUCUUGUCUGCAACGGAGCCGACUACUUUGGUCUUUGCAAUUUCGGCAAGAUCGAUUUCUGGUCUCAUGUGGCGGCUGGUACUGCAUGCCGCGAUGGCAAGAUUGCGCUUGCUUAA